UGACAAAUGUGGCUUUAUUGUAUCAACAUUUUGGCUUUCUAAUACAAACAGUCUCUGAGAAACUAAAGGAAUUGCAAAAAGAUGGCAACUCUCUCCCUAAAACUCACUUGGACGUGUAGCUACACGAUCACAAGUUAUGCAAAUUCUUGUUAAAUGCAAAGAGCUCCGUUGUUACAACCUGCCCCGCUAUUGAUGGAAUGAGAUGUAAUUUGCUGAAAUAAGACCCUUUCUGAGGAGGGCUUUAUAUCUUCUCAGAAAGCAAACCUCGAAACAAAGAAAGAACGGAGUGCAGACUGUACACCAAAACUUUCUUCAAGCAGAAUCUGACACAAAAUGGACACCAAAAGAGUGAUUACUGAGGUGCUUGAGGAUCUUGUGGAUAAAGAGCUCAAACAAUUCAUCUGGCAGCUGUGCAAUGGGGUCACACCAGACACUGAGCCGAUUUCUCGAGCAAAGCUGCAGACUUCUGAUCGUGAGGUGGUGGUGGACUGCGUUGUAACGCAGUACUCCGAUAAUGCUGGGAAGAUCGCAGUCCAAGCGCUGCGCAACAUGAAACAAAACGAGCUUGCAAAGCGCCUUGAAUUAAAACUUCAGGAAGUGUCUUCAGUUCAGCAGCCUGUGCAGGAAGACACAAGAAAUGCUCCUGAGCCUAUGGAGCUGCAGCCCAUCCAGGCUGACUGGCACAGACCGCACAGCAUUACCGCAUGCAGCCAGCAAUUUAAGCACACACUUCUUACACAAGAGAGAAAUGAUAUUUAUUUACCAACGAGCAGGUCUCAGAGGAAAGGCUCAGCUCUGCUAAUCACCAACAUUGAAUUUGACAAUCCAGAGUACAACAGGUACGGAGCAGACAAAGAUGAGGAGAACAUGGAGUGGCUGCUGACAGCUUUGGGUUACAGUGUUGAGAAACACAGAAAUCUCUCUGGAAAUGAAAUAAAUAGAGCAGUCGUGAACUUCUCUAAACGCUCUGAACAUCGAGCCUCGGACAGCACCUUUGUGGUCAUUAUGUCUCAUGGGGACAGAAUUGACAACAGAGGUGCCACCUUUUGUCAUUUUACAAAAGAUGUCAACAGAGAUUUCAUUUUAGGUGUCCAUUAUCAUCCAUUCCAAAAUCCUAAAGAUGUCUACUUUGUUGACGAUACUUUCACCCAUCUGAACUCAGAGAACUGUCCCGCUCUGAUUGAUAAACCAAAGAUUAUUCUCAUUCAGGCCUGCAGAGGAAAGCAUGAAGGAGGUGUGUAUGUUCAUGACAGUGUGCCUGAAUCAGACUCCUGGGUUCACAGGGAGAAAGACUUUGCCUGCUUUAUGUCCACCCUCCCUGGUGUCGUUGCGUACAGGAGUGAAGUCGAUGGAAGUUAUUUCAUCAGCUACAUAGUGGAUGAGUUCAGUACGAGCGCUCAUAAACAUGACAUUAUGAAGUUGUUCAGCAAGGUCGUCUCACGCAUGGCGAAUGACCCACAUUUCACACAGAAGUGGAAACUACUGCCGUGUAUUGAAAGGACAACCCUUGUGAAGACAUUCUACCUGUUCCCUGGUCUCUAAUAACGUUUAGAGACAAAACACUACAGGCGAAUAGGGUAGAAACAUCACCGUACUUCCUCAGCUGAUUAAUCACAGCACAUUAUGACAGCUGUCUUAUAUUACAAGUUUUCUGAAAUGUUGUUUAAACAUGUAAAUGAGGCAUUAUCUAACAAAAUAUGCACACGUUUGCAUACAUUUCACACUCAUAAAGAAAAGAAGUCUAAAACAUUGAAUAAAGUCAGGUUGAAAAUUCAGUGCAUAAGAAAAUGUUGAGAGAAAAAAAACAGCCUCUAAAGAAAUGUAUUGUAGUUUGAGGGUUUAAAGGAUUCUUCAUAGCAAGAGAGCAACCAUGCAUCUGUGUUGAUUUAUUUUCUUUCUUUCAUAUUCAUUCAUUUAUCAUUUCAUCAUUUUAUUAUGCCAUUUAAUCAUAUGAUCAUUUAUAAUAAUCAUUUAAACCAGCCAUUUCAUUGAUUCAUUCAUUGAUGAGUCCUUUAUAUUAUAUUAUUAUACUUUAUAUUGUUUUUCCAUUGUUGUGUAGUCUUAUGAUGUGCGGUUUCAAGAGAUAUCUGUGUUCACGAGUAAGAGAUCAGAGAAUGUCUCCAUGUCAAGGUUUAUUACACACAGGACGAUGUUGUGAAGCAGUCAUUUUCCAUUGCUAUUAUUCCGUGGUAUAAUAACACUUGUUGGAUUUGGGCUGGUCAGAUUAUUCAGUCUGAGCAUAGAAACAUGCACAACUAUGAUUAUUCAAUAAACUCUGCUUUACUCGGUCAACUUCUUGGCUGAUAAAUGACUGUUAAUAAAGACGAAACACUGGUUUGGGGGAAAAAAAACUUUGCUGACUGGGUUUUUUAUAUAAGAAAAACAGAUAUCUAACAAAUAGAAAUAUGUUGAUGCAUAUAUAGUUGAAGUGGAAUAAAAUAAAAACUGAAACAUGUAUGUUGGAUGUUUUCUUUCCCUUAGUCUAAAAGAAGACAUGCUAUAGAAGUAAAAUAGCCCAAAAUCUCAAAAUGUAC